AGUUACAACAAUUUCAAAAACUCACAAAAAACCUAAAAUCAAUUCAACAUGUUUGCCAAAUCGUUCAUUGUAUUUGCUGCUUGCUUAAGCAUUGUAUUAGCUGCACCAGAACCAAAAGCUGAUCCAAAAGCUGAUCCAUUAGUUGUAUCUACAUACAGUGCUGGAUUACCACUUAUUAAUACAUAUGCAGCAGCUAGUUUACCAAUUGUAAAUGCAUAUUCACAUUCACAUGUACAUCAUGCACAUGCUGCCGCUCAUCAUGCACAUGCACUACCAAUUCAUUCUGCUAGAACUGUAGCAAUUGAUGCUCCAGUUGUUACAGCUGAUGUACCUGUAGCUGUUGCUGCUGCUAAUCCAUUACAUUAUACAGCUGUUAGUUCUCCAGCAAUAGCAGCAGUUGUCGUUUAAUUUUUUUUAUUUUUAAAAUAAAAAAAUUAAAAGAAAUGGAGUAUAAGCUUUAGAA